AUGGCGCUACAAAUGUACAGGAGAAAGCGGCCCCGACGAGAGUCCAGCGAUGGCUACUCUGUCGAGGAAGUCUCCGCCGAUGAUAUGGGCUACGACGGGGACAUCGAGGUGCUUCUACCGGACCAGUACGAGGAACCGGACUCGGAUUUCGAAGAUGACAAGAACAAGGCGCUCAGGAGGUUGUGGCCCGAUACAGACGACGAGUUGGCCAGCAAACUACGGAGACUGUCCUGUGAUCCUCACUCUUCCCUGCGCCACACCGCUCGACAAGAGGAUGAUGGUGAGCGGGGCCGCAAACGCAUGUCAAGGGAAAUGGACGACGACGACGAUGCUGAGGGUGAUAUCCCGCUCAAGCGUACCGAGAUCGAAGUGUCGGAGAUGGUGGACGGACACGCUGAGCAGCCACCACUGAAAAGAAGGAAGAACAGGAACAGCAAGCCGCCACUACUGGGACAACGGGUUGCGAGGAAGCAGGUGGGUGCAGAGGCCUGGUCGGACAGCUCCGAGCGGUCCGAGGAGGCCAUGAUCGAGUCAUCGACGGGGACGCCAGACGGGACCAACACGCCGUUGACGCCGUUGCGGAAUGAAGAGGCUGAAGACGAGGGUGUUGAUCAUGAUGCCAUGGACCUUGGAUGA